GUCUCCAUUCCUGGAGUUCUCCCAGUUUGCAGGUUUCCAGCUAUAUGGCAGUGAAGAGGUCCCUGCAGGAGGCAUGAUUACAGGCAUUGGACGUGUUUCAGGAGUGGAAUGUUUGAUUAUUGCCAAUGAUGCAACUGUCAAAGGUGGAACAUACUAUCCUAUCACAGUGAAGAAACAUCUACGGGCACAAGAAAUUGCAAUGCAAAAUCAUCUCCCUUGCCUGUAUCUUGUUGAUUCUGGAGGUGCAAAUUUACCUCGUCAAGCAGAAGUGUUUCCUGAUCGUGAUCAUUUUGGUAGAAUUUUCUAUAACCAAGCAAUCAUGUCCUCAAAAAGAAUUCCACAGAUAGCCGUGGUUAUGGGCUCAUGUACAGCAGGAGGAGCCUAUGUACCUGCAAUGGCAGAUGAAAGUAUAAUAGUUGGCAAGCAGGGAACAAUUUUCUUGGGAGGACCACCAUUGGUUAAAGCAGCAACAGGUGAGGAGGUAUCAGCAGAAGAUCUUGGAGGUGCUGAUCUUCACUGCAGAAAAUCUGGAGUUACUGAUCACUAUGCUUUGGAUGAUGAUCAUGCACUUCAUUUAGCUAGAAAGGUGGUGAGAAGCUUGAAUUACCAGAAAAAAGUAGAUGUAAUUGGAGAACAGCUUAAAAGAAAUUUUGAUGUCCGAGAGGUCAUUGCUAGAAUUGUAGAUGGAAGUAAAUUUGAUGAAUUCAAGGCCUUAUACGGGGAUACAAUAAUCACAGGAUUCGCUAGGAUAUUUGGUUACCCUGUAGGAAUAAUUGGAAACAAUGGCGUUCUUUUCUCUGAAUCGGCAAAGAAGGCGACCCACUUCAUUCAGCUUUGUUGCCAGAGAAAUAUUCCCCUUGUGUUCUUACAAAACAUCACAGGUUUUAUGGUUGGUAAAGAUUAUGAAGCUGGUGGAAUAGCAAAAGAUGGAGCCAAGAUGGUGACUGCUGUGGCAUGUGCCAGUGUACCAAAGAUAACAGUAAUUAUUGGAGGUUCCUAUGGGGCUGGAAAUUACGGAAUGUGUGGAAGAGCAUAUAGUCCAAGAUUUCUUUUUAUGUGGCCAAAUGCUCGCAUCUCAGUGAUGGGAGGAGAGCAAGCAGCAACAGUUUUGGCAACAAUAGCCAAGGACCGAAAAGCAAGGGAAGGGAAGCAGUUAACUGAAGAAGAGGAAAAAGCCCUAAAAGAGCCAAUCAUUAGAAGGUUUGAAGAAGAAGGAAACCCUUACUAUUCCAGUGCACGGUUAUGGGAUGAUGGAAUUAUUGACCCAGCUGACACAAGACUGGUUUUGGGUCUCAGCUUAAGUGCUGCACUCAAUGCACCCACUAAGAAGACUGAGUUUGGAGUAUUCAGGAUGUGAUUUGAAAGCCUUGGCAUCUCUGGACUAUUAUAGUAUGGUUUUUAAUUAGCAUAUGAAAUCAGAAGAACUAAAAAAAUAAAGAUUUGCACAAUGGCAUAAUAAAAAAAGAUUUGUAAAAUAAAGAUUU